AUGCUGGUCUAUUUCCCACCCACAUUACCAUGUUAUUCCCAUCCUAAGGUCACCUCCUUUGAAACUGAAAGCAGAUGUUCCGGUACAUGCUCCGCUUUUAAAGCUUUCAGCAAUGUCUUCAAACCAGGGGUCUACUCGAGUACUACUCGUUGCGCUGCUAGACGAAGAGUGAGAUACGAUGUCGACGAAGAUGAUGGGGAUGAAGAUGAAGAGGAAGAGCAUAACAAGGAGAUAGCACUGUUGGAGCUGUAUAGUCAGAGUGUGAGAGGAGAAGCACUUAUUGUUCAUGCAAUGGUGGAUGACCAACCAGUGGAAGUGAUUAUCUUUAAGGGGUUUUCUUCAUGCUUGAGUUACAGGACUUCACCAGACCCAUCAAAAAGCAUUCUUCCGGCAAGAGCAGUGAUAGAGAGUAUAGACAGGGUGAAGGGACCUUUUGACCCUUCAAAUAUAGAGUACUUGCAGAAAAACCUAAGCUGGGAAGUGUUCAAGAGCAAUCUACCACCCAACUUACAGAUGUAUAUAUAG